GGUAGUGGAGAGUACCCGUGUGUCGCAGUCCGCGCGGGAGCCCUAACUGAGGCUGACUGCACCGACCCUUGUGGAGUUCUUGGCUCGUUCUGUGCGACAAAGUUCGUGUUUUCUCGGUGUUAUCUGGUUUGACGUUAGAAGGAACAAGUGUUGCGUGGGUUACGAUUUUUACUCAUGAAUUUACUGAAGGAGAACGACAUUACCCUUUGAAAACGGCGGAAAAAAUGGAAAGUUAUCUCUGAAUGCACCAUGUUCGCAACUUUGACCUGUGGAUAAAAUGCGCCUGUCAACAUGUGUUGAGUGAAUAAUUCAUCGGCAGUCCACAUCAGUGACUUUACCAAUAUGGAUUUUAUCAUUCAAAAGGUGAACGGGCGCGACGUGAGCGGCCUCAGCCACUCGGACGCCGUGCGGGUGUUCCAGGAGGCGCAGGAGCCCAUCAUGGUGCAGGUGCUGAGGCGGCCGGCCCACAACAACAACAACAAUAACAACAACAACAACAACACCAGUAGCGGCAGCACGCCCAACGCCUCGCAGACGCAGCAGCAGUCCACCUCCGCGCCCUCCUCGCCCUCGCACACAGCCACGCCCAACGGCACGCCCUCGACCUCCGCCUCCACGUGCACCACCACGGCCGCGUCGGGAGGCGCCCACCACCACCACGAGGGGGAGCUGCACGCGGGCCCCACCGCCACCACGGGGACGCAGACGGAGAUGACCCUGAUGGGCGUGGGCGACUGGGAGGUGGCCACGAGCGAGUGGAUGGGCGGCGUGGGCGUGGGCAGCGACUCCGAUUCUCCCGACGGCGACUACGUUUUCCCCGGCGACUUGCCUCAGUCUCUCUCGCAGUUUCUUGAGCAGGAGAUAGAUAUAGAGGUAAGGGCGAAGGCGAUAACAAGUAGAUGGUGAUAACAAGUAAGGAUG